AUGUCACAUUUUUGCGCUGGACGUAUUUUCUUCUUGACUAGUUUCAUAGUUUCACAAGUAUGGUCCUUGGGAAUCCCUAGUACAUUUACACAAGAGAUUUCAGGCAAUCAUGAGCUUACCAGGAGAAACAAUAGUGGUGGGGGAUUUGUUCCUAAACCAUAUGAAGAUUUCCAAAUAUCCGAUGGAAUUGCUGGAGAUUCACUUGAAAAAUCUAUCAAAGUCUUUAUGGAACCAUUUGGCCUCAGUUUAUCAUCAGAUUUAGAAAUCGGACCAACAGAUCGAUUGAAAUCUAUUUCUCAGAAUGAUUUAAAACAAUUGAAGAUCAUGGCUAGGGCUGCAAGUGAGAAUGAAAACUCUGGAUUUGUACCGGCACUCAAUAAAGCAGCUAAAGACCCAAAGAAACAUGAUGAGCUUUUUGUAGGAUUGAUUGCCAACAAAGUAUUAAAAUUAAUCGGUCAACAGACAUACUUGGCUAUCGAUUUUGCUCAAGGUAAAGCAGAUAGAAGACAAAAGCUUGACGAGGAAAAAAAGAAAUUAAAGAAAAAUAUCGAACUUGAUAAACAAAACAAAGGGAAAAAAAUGGUCUCUUACCUUCAUCAAGAUUAG